AUGAAGUCGAGUCCAAGGUUCUCUGGACCCAACACAAGCACUUCUGAGCCAAGAUCAGGAUCUCCUUGCUUGGAUAAAUACGAGCUGUAUCAAGUCGAACAGUAUGAAGCACAAGAGCUAUUUGAAUUCAAACAAUAUGUCAAGAUUAUUCAAUUCACCGAAGCUGUGCGCUCCGGAACCCAUCCUCGAGUUAAGAUUUCUCCUCGGCCUGGCACCAGAAAGUCUACUACAUUCGAGGCCUCAAAAGUUCCCAAGAACGUGAAUGUUGAACCAGUAAGGAUAACAACCGAGGAGGUCGAUACUACAAAUAACUUGAAUCCCACCCCACAAGAAAGUAGCAAGAAGGCUGGGAAGAAAAGAAAGUAUUCUGAUGAGUUAGAAAAGUCACCUGAGGAUUUGCCUCGAGAAUCGUAUAUUGAUGAUCUAGCCAUGGACUAUUAUAGUUUGUUAGGGUUAGAUUCAUCUGCCUCUGGCCAAGAUAUACACAAGGCUCACAAUGAACUAAAAAAAACACAUGAUCCACAAUCGAAUGAAGGAAAAUUGAAUUGGCAGGGAAAAGAUCCGUGUGCAUUCGCAGUACUAUCGGAUAAACAUAGCAGGUCAACAUACGAUUUUGCUAGAGAAUCGUAUCUAAAAGGCUUAGAGAAGCGGAGGAAAGUAGACGAGACCACCGUACAAAGCGAACUACCGUUUGCUGCCUUUCGGGAGGAAUUAAUUCGAUCACUAGGAGCACCUCACCCCGAUGAUCCGCCCGAUCCGCACGACGAGGAUUUUUAUCAGAGAGUCACCGCAGGUAUUAUUGUGGAAGAGAAAGACAUCGAUCUUUCAGCCAACUAUUAUAUAGAGUUAGCAGCUCCCGCCAUGGGUAAAGUAUGGAGCGGAGUCGUUGGUAAAGAUAUCCUUGGACAACUCUUGCGAAAUAUGGGCUACCAGUACAUUCAUAAUAUAAGACAGGCGAAAGAUGACAAGGCCCUCGACAGGGUGCGUGGCGCAUGGAAUAAGAAGCUGAUUGCCUACUCGAUAUUGAAGGAUGAGAGGCUUCGUGCAAAGUAUAAUGAGCGGAAUUUCAGUCAUAAGUUGUUUGGAGAUCGGCAAAAGGUAUAUGAUGCGAAGGAACUUGAUAGGGUGCAAAAAUCAUGGUCUUUAACCUUACCGUUACCAUCUGGAGCCAAGGUCUCAGUCCCGAAAGUCAUUUCCUCUCGAAUCCCAUCUGCAGCAUCCGACAUUGAUCCUCUUAACGGUGACCAUAUCAACCCCAAAGCCAGUACUCCCAGUAUUCCCACCCCCAAGAAACCCCAAUCACCAAUCCCCAUCCAACCGCAACAACCGAACACCACAGCUCCCAAAUCCCUCGGGCCUCAACACUACAGCGGGCGAAAGCGAAAGCGAGACCGACAUCAAAAAGCCCGAAAGAUCCGAGCCCAAAAAGCGAGUAUUCAGAGGCAAAUUGACGUACAGCGGGCAGCGGCGCAACGCGCUGGUGCGCAGCGUAAGGCGUUGCAAGAAUCACUGGGCUUGGGUGUGGCUUUGCCGAGUGGCCCGGGUGUUGGUUUGGGGACCCGGAUGGGGAUGGGUGCUCGUUUGGUGAAAGGCGAGGUUGUGUAUGGUGAUGGUGGUGUUGGCACUCUGAGGCUGGUAACUCAUCCUUGCGAGGAAGCAGCGAGAGAGUGGAAACCUGCUGAUAAGAAGCAGAGGGUUAGGGAUAGAGAAGGUGGUGAGAAGAGGGAGAUGAGGAAGAAGAGCGGUAGUCUGUGA